CAUUUUAACUAUUAUCCUGUCAAAAAAAAUAGUUGACUUCCAUAUGAGGGCGUGGUGGAUGUAAGAUUCUUAUGUUAUAUAAAAUUCGCUACGUGGUAAGUCUGAAACCCGACUCUUAUUUAGCCCAGGGAGACUAAUCCAACGCGUGAUUUCGUAACCUGAAUACAUGCUGUUUGGUUUGCCCAGCCUUCUGGAAAACACGUUUCUUGCUAGAUGUGACGUGGAUCGGUAAGCAUCCAUAUGAAAUAUUUCUGACUAUGAAUUUGAUGAACUCGCCCUUUGAUGUCAAUUCACUAUAUUGACAUGAUGUUAGGAUUCGUCGUCGCUGGAUUACUUUUCGUCGUAAUAUACCAUACUUGGCGCGCAUUGUUUGUCAAUACGCAGCGCGCAGAGGAAGUGGACGUACACGAGUUAAAUGAUUGCAAGAUACAUAUUAUCGGCUUUGAUUCACCAGUGUGGUUACGUGUGUUCAAAUCUUUUCUCAGGAUCCUCAUGGGAAUGUAUUUUAAGGCAGGAGCUAAGGCCAUGCUGCUAUGUGAGCGAAUGCAGCAGCCUGAACUCAGUCGGAAGUCGGAUUUUGGGUACAUUGCCAAAAUUUUCUGGCACAUCGAUGACAUCAGACAAUUCUUCCAAGACGGUUUACCGGUUGGUAAAAAUAGAGGGCGUUUGUAUCGAGGUUUUUGGCCAUUGAGAAUGAGGCAUAUGGGUUUGUUCAAAGUUCAUUCGGCGAAUUUUAGUUCGGGUUUGUUACAGAGGGAUACGACACCAGCUCUGAUGGAGACAGCUGGAACUGAAAAGUAUAUCGUUAUGUUUCGGAAGGAUAACGAAUUCGCUCGUGUGAGUGGUAACCGGGUGAGCGAUAUUGCCGAAGAGUUCAAACGCAAUUACAAAUGCCAGGGAUAUGUCGUUUACAAUGUCCUGAAAGAAUCUGGGCCUAAUAUUGAGAACUACUGUGAAUGGAUAAUAGAGAUAUAUUUUGAUGAAUAUGGUUUAUCAGAAACAACCGACAAAAUGGCGUAUAUAGCGGAUGCUGUCGACAACGACGGGUACGAAGUGAUAUAUGCGGGAUACAAAGAUACACAGUGCUUUCCACUUCUCUCAAUGCCGAAUAAGAUACCAACGACCACAUCUAAUAAUGCAAAGGAGAGCAGGAAGACAAAAUAACGUGGAUGCUAGUUCAGUUAAAUUUAGAGCAAAAAUGUUUGACAAGGGAUUGACGGUUUCCAGGAGAGUUCUUUACAUCCAGGGCGAAGCCUUAAUAGGGUCCAGUGGGCAGUGAUCUAUAAAGAGCUGGAAUUGCUCAUUGGCUUGUUUUAAUAAAGCUACCGGUGCAAUGUUAGGGAGCCCAAAACGUCACGCGUAUGCGUCAUCACAAAGCAAAGCAUUAAGCCUGUUUUUCACUAGGCGAAUUUAUUUGCGCGAAUCGAAAGCGUCGGUUCAUGCGCACGCGCAUUUACGUUUCUAUCUGAGUUUUCGCUUCAGCGAAAUCAGUAGUUCGAACUGUUUCUGCUUUUUGCGAAGUGAAAAAAAUGCGCAACCAAUCAGAGCUCAGGAAGAGAACCGACGCUUUCCAUUCGCGCGAAUAAAUUCGCCUAGUGGAAAAAAAACAGGCUUUAAGGAAAGUUUUGCUUUUCUGAGCAUGUGCAGAUUGUGCUUAUCUGUUCCAUUAGCAUAACAAUACCACACAUAAGGCUAAUUCAAGUUAGACGCUUAAACCAGCCAGCUUCCUAUCCUGGUAACAGUUAAUAUCCUUGCACCAACAAAGCAAAGUUUUUCUAGCGCUUUUGAAAACUGCAGAAACAGGCGCGCUGAGUAAUAAGAUAGGAUGUGAAAAAAAACCAGUUUAUAUAACAUAAUAAUUUAAUUUUUUUUUAUUAAUAACUAUUUAAAGGAUUUUUAACAAUAAUUUAAAUAAAUGCCAUAAAAACUUUACUAGACUAGUACGCGUCAAUUGGGUUCUUGCAUUGCAUAUAGCGUCGAUGGCUUCAAUUUUGUCUGUACAAUGAUUGAUGAGCAAUCCAGCUAUUAAGAUUAGUGAUAGUGAGUUAACUGGGUGGAUGCAGAGGGGGUGCAGAAGGUGCCGUCUCACCCUCUUAAAUUGUCUUAUGAAAAAUAAUUGUAUUGUAUUGUUGUAAGGUAUGAGAGUGCAAUUUCGUGGCACCUAGAGGCAGGCGCGGAUCCAGACCUCUUCGCACCGUUCGCCAAUAUAAAGUGAUAGCAGUGCCUGGUGGUCUGGCGAAUUCCAACUCUUUCUGUCAGAAAUGCCACCUACCUAAACGAAAGACAAAAAUAUACAGACAAAAUAAACUUUUUGCAUUGUUUAAGUAUUAAUCAAAGAGGGACCGUAACUAAAUCGGCUGCGCGAUAACGUACGGUACACUGUUGAGUUCUUUUAUUAUUAUUAUUAUUAUUUAUGUCACAAUGUAUGGUUAAUACAAAGUCAAUCACAGGGAGGAUAGGCUAUACAUGUGCGUUGAUUCUUAUAACCUUAUUGAAAGGCAUAUAUAAUUUUAUUAUAUGUUGUUAUUCCAAAAUUACACCAAAGCGAAAACAUAUUAUUUUAAUUAUUACUUUUUGAUUAAUGAAUUAUUAUUUAAUUAUUUUAACGAAUGCUAUUCAUCAAAACAAACAAACAAACAAAAAAACAAGUCUAAUGGAGUUGGUGGCCUAAUUGUAGACCUAGAGCUUAAAACUUACGAACACACUUAGAUACAAUACAUCUAAGACCACCAAGCACUGAGAGACUGAAAAUGAACACGGAAACUGAAGAAGAGCAACGACGUGAAUGUUAUGUAAAUUUCAAAUCAUACAGCGUUGGAAGUGGAAAAAUAAUUAAAGAACAAAAAAAUACUGAGAAAUUGAGAGGAUAUCUAAUAAGCGUAUAAUACUGUAUUAAUUGGCAGGUAAAAUGUAAAAUUUCCUGGCUCGUAUAUCCAGUAGGUGGGGUGUUACGAAGAGUGUGUAUAACGCACCUAAUCAAAUUUAAUGAGGUCUAAUUUCCAAGACAGUCGAGAAUGUACUGAAUAUAAAUUUGUGAUUUUCUGUGAUUUAAAAAUAAAAUCUUAAAUUUUUACAUUUUAA